GGAUCACCCUGCCGUCGGCCUUCUCCAGCGUCUACUAUCUGCUGUUCGUGGGCCUCAUGACCUGGUGGGCUUGCCACUUCUCCACCAGCCCUCUGGCCUUCAAUGCUUUCUGCAUCGUGGUGGACGUCUUUGCCGGGGGCCACCUCAUUUGCCUGUAUGGCUACCAGACCCCCUUCGGGCAGGAAAUCCUCCCACCCACAGGCCUCUGGGCACGGUUAUUCGGGCUGAAGGCCAUUAUCCUCCCUGCGGGCUGCAACCAGCCCAACAAGCUGCUGUUGGACGUCAGCCACUCCUGGCCUGUCUACGCCAAUCCAGGGAUCCUCUUGCUGCUCUAUUACGUUUUGGCUACCUUGGUGAAGCUCCGAAGGCUGCGCUCCUCUGGACAGGGAGAUUCCGAGUCUUCCACCUCAGAGCUUCUGGAGCUGGAAAACCGGUCCAGGGACAAAGGCCACCUGCCCGAAGAUGCCAAGCCGAUGCUUAUCCAGGACCCGGAGGCUUCUGGGACGGAGGAGCUCACCGUGCAUGAAAUUGUGGGAACCGAUCACUCAGCCCUCCGGAAACAGAAGCGUCCCCAGGAGAAGAUGCAGCUGCUUCAUUCCUUGGGCCACGUCGUCAUGAAGCAGAGCUACGUUUGCGCCCUCAUUGCCAUGAUG